GUUGCCAGUGGGUGAGACUAUGCUGUAGAAGCAGGCGGUUCGGCUGGUGGGUGAAAGAAAAGCGGCGGCCGCUGUCCGAGGUGAGGAGUGGAAUCGGAUCGUCUGUUGACGGACUCGAGCCAGUGCAGUGUCCAAGCGGCCCCGCUCUCAGGCUCCGGCGCGGUGUCCGAGUGGCCCCGGUCUCAGGCUCCGGCGUGGUGUCCGAGCGGCCCCGGUCUCAGGCUCCGGGGUGGUGUCCGAGCGGCCCCGUUCUCAGGCUCCGGGGUGGUGUUCGAGCGGCCCCGCUCUCAAGCUCCGGUGACCAUGAAGCUCGCGCUGUGCCGCACCGUUGCCCUGGUGACCCUGGCUGGGCUUGGGUUCUGGUUAUUCCGCGCGUGGCUGAGCAGCAAAGAGCACGUGUUCAAUCAGGAAGAAUUGGCCAGGCUGGCGAGGCAGUACUCAGGUCUUAAUCACGAGCAAGCAUUCACUAAAGUUGUGGUUGAAUUGAGGAAAAAGUACCCUGGUCACAUACUUCCAGAUGAGGACCUGCAAUGGAUCUUUGUGAACGCUGGAGGCUGGAUGGGUUCCAUGUGCCUUUUGCAUGCAUCCUUAACAGAAUAUGUGUUGCUGUUUGGAACAGCAGUGGACACUGGGGGACAUUCAGGUCGAUACUGGGCUGAAGUGUCCGACACUAUUAUCUCAGGAACUUUUCAACAGUGGAAAGAAGGGACAACUAAAAGUGAAAUAUUUUACCCAGGUGAUACUAUAGUCCAUUCUAUAGGCGAAGCCACAUCGGUCCGCUGGAGUGCUGGAACUUGGAUGGUUGAAUAUGGUAGAGGCUUCAUUCCAUCCAUGUUGGGGUUUGCACUGUCUGAUACGAUCUUCAGCACACAGGAUUUUCUUACUCUUUAUUAUACGAUAUCAGUCUACACAAAAGCACUUAUUUUGGAAGCCAACACGUACUUCACAGGAGCUGGGUUCUUUUGAAGCUGGGCGGAGACACUUUUGUAGUGUAAACAUUUUUAUUAGUGUUUAUUUGACGUCAGUUAUAUCACCUAAAGGUUGAAAAUUGUGUUCAUGUUUGUCAGUCCUAGAAACUUUGCUUUUUUUCGUAUGCUACAAUAAUUUUUCAAACAAUUCCAACCUUUUAUGUACUUUAAAUAAGCAUCACCUCAAGUGUUGUGUAAAAGACAAAAUCAUAAGUAUGGAAUAACAGAUCUUCAACUGUUUACAUAAUCUCAUCUGUGUAAAUUAGGAUAUCAAUGUUUUGAUGCAUCUUUUAUAAUUGGCUUGAAUAGUAAGUUGAGAAGUCCCAGGUUAUGAGUAUUUUUUUAACUCCUGUAAGUGAAUCUUUAAUAUGUUACUUAAAUCUAAACUGGAGGUAAAAGAUGUGUAAUUCUACAAAUCCAAACCAUUGAAUCAGACAGAUUUACACACAUUUAUUACUGGGUUAGAUUGUUAAUGCAGUUUAAAUAUUUAAUUUUGUGUACUCACAACAAAAUGUACACAAACUCAUUGUCACCAUUUUCCACAUCAUAUUUGAAUAUUUUAAUCUUUUUAUAAACUGAACCAGUAUGACAGCUUGAGCUGUGAUUAGGUGCAUAUUGUGAAUAUCUUUUAAAAUAAAAAAUACUCAUUAGUCUGUUGAUUUAAUGCAAUAAUUUAAUAAGAUUGGGGUUGUAGGCAUUUUAUUAGAUUUCAGGAUCCCAGACUGGUCAGAUGCAUUUCUCCUGUUGAUCCUGGCAAUCAGUAACAGUUUCAUUGAAUAUUUAUUUGGUUGAAAGCCUUACUCUUCCACUCAUGCAUUUUGAUUCUCCCCCAUGCAGGACCUUGUUCCGAGCACCCCCCCCCCCCCCCCCCCACAAGCUGCACAACUUCCAAACUGCCCAAUUUUAAUAAAAAUAUAAUCCUGCGGAUGCUGGAGACCUGAAAUAAAAACAAAAAUUCAGCAGGUCUGGCAGCAUCUGUAGGGAGAAAAACAAAGUUAACAUUUUGAGUCCAAUACAACUCUUUGGGAACCGUUUUUUUCCCCCCUGAAGUUAAUUAAGCACCAGGUAAGUGGUUCCUUGUUCAUGCUUGUAGUGUGAUCACCACUCUUGAUAUAUUUUCCCCAGUUCAACCAGUAAGUGGGGAAGCGGAACAAAAUCCUUAAGGUGUGUCUUCUGUAUUUUGGGAUCUGUAUGUCCAAAUUAAUCUUCACAUAAACAGAAAAAACUCCUGUCUAAAGUAUACUGCUUCUGGUUUGGAGUCAAUUUAUUAUAAAGUUUAUUUUACUUCUGGAAUCUUCAACUCUGUGCAUCAAUUUGGGAUAAAUGCGCAAUAAUUCAAACGUAAUUUUUUUAUUGGCAUCUCUUAAAACACAAAUCUUAAUUAUUUAGAUAAACAGUGCAAGGAUUGUAAUGGUGUGUGGACACUUUUUAAGCAUUGACUUUAGUUAACAAAACAGGUGACUUAAACUGUUGUACAAAAUUAACUGUACUUUCACAUGAAAUUUACAACUGACCUUUGAAAAGUUCAUAACUGUACAAUUUACUUUGCAGCAGUUUGAUUUGUUUUUUAUUUAGUCCUGUUUUUCUGAUUUGUCCCAGCCUCAAAGAGGAGUCCUCUAGCCUUCCUCUAUUAAUUUUAUAAAACGGUCAUCACCCACAAUGCCAAUCUGUUUUGCUCUCAACAAAUGCUGAUGGGCCUGUUGUACAUUUCCUGUGUUUUCUGUUUUAAUUUAACAUUAAUUUUGACUGCUCUUUUUGACACUUGGCUUUGAUUUUAAAGCGGUCUUGGAUUGAUACAUGGGGUUGUUUUGGGCCAGUGUCCAAUGUGGCGUGCUGAGGCCCAAAAAGAUUUGACUUUCUAAGUCUGUUUACAUAUUUGGGGUCUGGCUUGUCUGUGAACCUGGUAGGAAUCGAUGCCUAGCUGGUAGUGGGGAGCAAAAAUUCAGACUAUAGGGAUCCACAGGACCAUCCCCCCCCAGCAAUCAAAUAAGUGGUGAGAGAGAAGGUCCAACAGUUACACGAUGCAAGAGUCGGGUGGAAGCCAGGAGCAAGAGAGGUCAAAGAUUUCCUGGGUCCUAGUUCACAGGAAACUUCAUAAUUAAAACUUGCCAUGUUCUGACCCUGAUCUAGUUGGCAGCUGAUUGGCCUGAAAGGGAAGCCAGGAUUGUUCAGGCCUCUGGUUAAAAUUUUAGGGUUGGAUCUUGAUGGUUUUCUUGGAGCCCAACUUGCAUAUUUAAAAAGAACCCCACCAGCAUAAAUUUGUAAUCAAUUAGAUCAUGGCAGGAAAGGAGUGGAUAAGUCCCUGCUCCAUUUUAACAGGUUUGCAUUAGACAGGGAGUUAACAUCAAAGUCUUUGUGUCUUCCCUGAUAGUAAACAAUGCUUUUUCAUUAGUUCUGUGGAAGGGUCAUGAGGACUCGAAACGUCAACUCUUUUCUUCUCCGCCGAUGCUGCCGGACCUGCUGAGUUUUUCCAGGUAAUUCUGUUUUUGUUUUGGAUUUCCAGCAUCCGCAGUUUUUUGUUUUUAAGCUUUUUCAUUGUCUGCUGUUAGGCAGUGCGGGUAAAAUGGUGCUGCUGCUGGAAGCAACUUCAGAAAAUGUUGCAUUGGAAUAGAGCUAAGGUCUCAAAAUUAUGGAAUAUAAUUGCACUAAUUUGUGUGUGUGUAAAUAUAUAUAAAAAUAAAGCUCUGGAGUUCUACUAAGUUAAAUAGCUUGAAGUUAAGUUCUUUUCUGGAGGGGUGGGUAGGGAUGUUCAUUGGAACAUCUAUGCUUUUCUCUAUUUUGUUUUACUCUUAUUUGGUAUGACAUGUAAUGGAGAAAAGGUAAAUCAAAUAUCUGUCUUGGUGACUUCUGAUAUUGCAAUAGCAUUUGCUUUUCAACCAGACAUUUCCCCCUUUUUAAAAAAUAUUCCUCAGUUGUUGAAAUAAUUAUUUUAGUUCCAGUCUGUUGCUAUGUUUGUAUUUGAAGAAAACUGAUAUAUUACUGCCUGACAUAAAUAGAGUAUUAGGUGUAAGUGGCCUUUCACUAACUGUGAUUUGUAUUGCUUUGUAGUCAUAUGCUUUGAGGACUCUAAUGAUAUUAUAGUUUUAGUAAGAGAAGUUAGAUUACUGUCGUGGCACCCCCUCCCCCCCCCAAUCUUUAUUGGAAUAUUGUAUAAGCAGUUGUAAAUUUUGCAUUUAUUCAAUACAAUCAAUAUUUUAAAGUAUAUUUAACCAAUUCUGUAAAUGGUUUAUGAUAGAGACAAGAGAUACCCUAAACCUUUGCUUUAUUGGGAUAUUUAUUUGAGGCUGAGUAUCAAUAAAAGAAUGAGUCAUCCAUCACCAUUUUCACAACACUUUCAUGGAACACUAACUCUGGAAACUAGAGCUGUGUGUUUGUAUAUAAUCCCCACCAAGUUUUUGUAACUAAGUCUCAUCCAAGGACAGGUGAAAGAUUGUUGACACAUCAGACCUUAAGUGAUUGGGAACACAUGAGGCAUGCAUUUUGAAGCUCUGCAUCCAAGUAUAUGUAUUACUUGAAUACCAGAUUUUAGUAUAAUGUAGCUGCAACACCUGUACAGUUAAUCUUUCAUUUAGUGUUCAUUUGGCUGACUUUGAAAGAUUUUUCUGUUCCAGUUCAUAUUUUUUUUUAAUUGCUAAAGGAAUACAGUACUAAGGUGGUUACUCAAAUAUCAAUCUUGAACUUGAAUGAUGUUGCAUUGGAUGUAAGCUUAUUCUAUGAAUUUUAUGCACAGCCCCUAAAAUAGUGUAUUCUAAAGUUUGCAUAUGGGAGGUUUUUUAUGCUUUAACAUUAAAAACAUGACUGUUUCUUUAAACAUAUCGUUGUAACUGCAUGUAAGGGAUGUUUGCAAUAUGAUAUCCUUCUGUACAGUUAGCUAUACAGUGACUGUUUUCAAAUUGUUGGCUUUGACUUGAAGCUUUUAACAUGUUGUUUGAAACUUAUUUGUUAGUAGAAAAAAACUUCGUCAUUAAUUAUGUAAAGUGCCACAAAGAGCCUUACCCAAUUAUUCAUUAACAUAUAUUCUAGUCUCUUUCAAAAGUGGCAGAUUUUAGCAUACUGUAAAUCAGUUUGUCUUAAAAUAUAUCUAUUGUCUUAAACUUGAAUUCAAUCUAUUUAUGUAUUUGACAGGCAAGCUUUGAAAAUAUAUAAUCUGCUCUAAUAAAUGCUGUAUUUUAAUGA